AAAGCUUAUUAUAAAAGCGAAAUGGCUUGCACACUUAGCUAGGAUUUUGCGAACGUCCAAACGAUGAAACUGCUUCUGAUUGGAGUGCUGGCGCUUUGCCUUGGGCAGCUCCAAGCUGGCCCGGUAGCAGUUCCAGCGAAAAAAGUCCCUUCCGCGGACACACGCGCCCUAUUCUUCGCCGAGUUCACCCAUCUGCUCGACGGCAUUGCAAAGGAGGCACUCGCAAGCCUUUCCUCGCUGGAGCAGAACGCCGGCAAACAGAUCGCCUCGGUCGAAGAGGCCAUCCAGGAUCUGGAGCAGCUGUACAACGAGAAGGUGCUGAAGGAAAUCGAGCGUUACGAUGGUGCACUGAACGAGCUUAGCUCCAGCGUGUCGCCGUGCUUCGAGUCGGUCCCGCAGAACAUUAGGGACAUUGUGCAAGGUGCCCGUGGUGAGGCGGGACAGUGUGGCAAGCAAACGUUGGACCGUGUGCGUAAGAUACAGGAAAACAUUGAGCAACACAUUAAAGAUGGUGCGGAAAAGGUGAAGCAAAUUGUGGCGAUCGGGCAGAAGUGUCUGCAGGACAACUCCUGGAUCGGGGAUCAGAUUAACUGUGCGCUGCAGAAUGCCCCCGUCGCGGUAAGCAUUGUGGAGGACAUCGUGAAGGAUGCGGCCGAACUCAUCGGCCACACGUCCCGCGAAGUGUCCGCACUGGCGAAAGACACCGAGCAGUGUCUGGCGGUGGCGGUACAGGGUGCGGUGGGCGAGUUUAACGACAUGUUGGCCCAGGUCGUCGGCUGCUUGGAUGCGAGUCAGAGCGGCAACUGAGGCCUUUGCACGUUGCAGCAGUACCGUAUAAGCGUUCCUUCUCUAAGUACGAUUAAGCCCGAGCCAAAGUUGAUCAGUGAAACAUUUGUCGUAGUGUGCCAUGCAAUACAUACAUAUACAGUACAAUUUACAAGAGCGAAAAGGAA